AUGGGGCUCUCCAAAACCACCCGCAUCUCCAUACUGCUGGGGAUUGAUAGCGCUUUCUUCUUCCUGGAGCUCAUCGUCGGCUAUUCCGUCCACUCGCUGGCGCUGGUGGCGGACUCCUUCCACAUGCUCAAUGAUGUGCUUUCCCUUUGCGUUGGUCUUUGGGCUGUGCGAGCCGCCAAUGCAACGAACCAUUCGCGAAUGUUCACCUACGGCUUCCAACGCGCCGAGACUCUCGGUGCCCUGAUCAACGGUGUUUUCCUCGUCGCUCUGUGCCUGUCCAUCUUCCUCGAAGCCAUCCAACGUUUCGUCGAGCCGCAGGAAGUCGGAAACCCUCGACUUGUUCUGAUUGUCGGAUGCUUUGGCUUGGCUUCCAAUAUCCUCGGCUUGUUCCUUUUCCACGAUCACGGCCACAGCCACGGCGGACACGGCCACUCUCACGGUCACGAUGAACUCGGUUCAGCCGAGGAGGGACACAGCCAUGCGGACCAUGCUGUCGAUGCUAUUGCGGAUGAGCGAGGAAAUGUCGUGGAUGUUUUGCCUGAGAGCAGAUUCGGGAACUGGCCCUCGAGCCAGGGUAUGAAGCGGUCAUCUAAGGACUCUGGCAAUUUUGGAGAAAAUUCGAGCGAGGGUACGGCCAGGCCUUCCUCUGGCGCAAGCCGCCAGGUCCGGCGUCACAGCCGGUCGAGGUCGAGGAGUGGCUAUGGCGGGUUCGGAGACCUACCCGUUCACCCAGCUUCCUUCAGGAACGAGAUCAUCAAUGCGGCGCGCAUGGAUUCCGUUGAAUCCGAGGAGUCUUCGGAUAGCGAUGGUAACGAAAAUGGCGCUGCCGAAGGUUCGGCCCCUACGGAGAACUCCCCACUCUUGCAAAAGAGCAACGUCAAGAGCUCGAUUAAGCGCAAGUCCAGCCACUCGCACAGCCACUCGCACGAUUUGCAUGGAGACCACAAGCACAACCAGCCCAAAGAUAGCGGAAACGGCGGUGGCCACGGUCAUUCUCACGAUCUCAACAUGCGCGGAGUAUUCCUCCAUGUCAUGGGUGAUGCUCUCGGAAACAUUGGCGUGAUUGCUUCUGCUCUCAUCAUCUGGCUUACGGACUUCUCGUGGCGUUUCUACUCGGAUCCCCUCAUCUCCUUGAUCAUUACCGUCAUCAUCCUGUGCUCGGCUAUCCCGCUGUGCAAAGCGGCUUCCCGCAUCCUGCUCCAGGCUGCGCCGACCAGCAUCAAUGUUGAAGAUAUCGAGAGCGACAUUCUUGACCUUCCUGGUAUCAUCAGCUGCCACCACCUCCACGUGUGGCAGCUCAGUGACACCAAGCUGGUUGCUUCUCUACAUGUGCAGGUUGCUCACGACUUCAAGGGUCAAGGGUCCGCGCGCUACAUGGAGCUUGCGCGUGCUAUCCGGAGAUGCCUGCACGCAUAUGGCAUCCACUCGUCCACUAUCCAGCCCGAGUUCUGCCUCAACGAAGGACACAACCACAACGCCUCUGAUCACAGCGACAACAGCUCCUGCGACGGCGACCCGAACUCGAGGAGCACCACGGUCAGCAAGAAGCUCAGCAAGAAAGCAAGCAAGCCUGGAAGUCUCCGCAGCGAGGCGGAGACGUGCUUGCUCGCUUGUGGGGAUGCUUGCGGUGACGGUACUCAGUGCUGCCCCCCCAAACCCACCGAGGAAACCGAUGGCGACGACCACCACCACUAA